CCGACCUUUCCCAUUUUAUUUCGCUGCUUCUGCUCUCGCUCUCUCUCUCUCUCUCUGUGGGUUUGGGCUUUAGCUAGGGUUUUCUCUUCUUCGUUUCGAGGGUCGGCCAUGGCGCAGGAUGGAACGGAGAACGGGGCGGCGGCGAAGACUGUGAGUGUCGCGGUGUUCAAGCCGCAGUUGGUGGUGCCGGCGAUGAAGGCGGACGAGGCGGUGCAGUUCUAUAAGGCGGCGUUCCGGGCGGUGGAGCUGAAGCGGAUGACCCACCCCAAGCGGAAGGCCGAGCAGGAGCUCCCCCUCAUCCUCUGCGCCGAGCUCAAGAUCGGUUCCUCCUCGCUCCUCGUCUGCGACCAAACCGAGGACUCCUCGGCCGCCGCGGAGAAGGGGGCGAUCGGAGGGGGGAUCGUGUUCCGGGUGGAGACGGGGGACGUGGAGGGUGCCGUGGAGAAUGCGGUGAAGGCGGGAGCGGCGCUGCAGGGGGAGAUCACAGAGGAGGACGCGUGUGGCGGUGGGCUCCUCGGGAAGGUGAAGGAUCCCUUCGGCCUCGUCUGGGCCAUCGCCUCUGCCGGCAAGAAGUGCGCCGAGUUCGAGGCGGAGGCCUAGGCCAUGAUCGGUCUCCUUCGACUCUCGCCUUUUGGAACUGAACGGAAUACUCUUUUACCUACUUUACUAUAUUAUCUCUGGUAGUAAACUGGUAUUACUUGUUUUUAGUUUGAAGUAGUUGGACACUUGAUGGAUUGUGCUAAUGUCGUUGGACAUUAUUAAGUUGGUCGUGGCGGUCGCCCGUGAUUGACGGUUGUGGAUAUCAUGGUUUUUUUGGCAAGUGGAAUGGACUAACUUUCAUGUGGCGAUUGCACCCUUACCAUGUCUCUCUAUGUGGGCUUUAUAUAGUUUCCCAUAAUAUCUCUCUAAUUCUCUCUUAUCAUGUUGUAAUUCCUGUUUUCUAUGAUUUAGCUUCCUUUAAUCUUCUAUCUAA